CGGGCUGUCCGGGAGGGGACCCUGAGGGGUCCGGCCGCCGCAGAGGGGCCCGGGUGUCAUCUCGCCCCUCGAGGGGCGAGGUUCAGACGGACUGCCAGCGUCACGACAGCCCAGGAAGGAAGCUGCUGCAGGCUCCCGCCUCAGCCGGGGACUGUCAGGGCUGGGGCACUCACAUGUGCUGCCGCUGAAUCACCCCUUAAAAACAACUCACGGCGCUUAUCGCGCUUCCUUCCCGUACAGCCGCAGCCCCCGGGGCGCCGAGGCCGCCAGCCCUGGAUGCUGCAGGAGAGGCGCCGCCGGCAGCCCCCGCGCCGAGCCCCGCCAGCCUCCCCUCAGGGCGGGGGGAGCCCGGGACGCCCCCGCAGCCCCGUCCGGCCGUGUGGGCGCGGGCCCCGCGUUACCUCCGCUCCGUUACGGCCGCGGCCGUUUAGGGGAUGCUCGCCCGUUGCCACACGUGUGAUGGCGGCCGCGCCGCCCCGCCCCGCCGCCCCGCCACCGCCUCCCCGCCACCGCCUCCGUCGCUUCCCCGCCCCUCUCCGAUGACAUAAACUGCCUGGUUCAUCCCUGGUGCUCCAUGAAUGGCCACUGCAGCCCCUAAUUUGGCCAGUACAGUCCCUGUACAGCCCCUCUCCAGGCCCAGCUGCACGUCUGAGACACUCUGCAUGGCAACACACGUGGAUUAGAGAGAACUUCUGCAAAGCAUCACUGUCGUACCAUGGUGCUACCCAAAUUCCUAAAGCAGUUGGAAGGUCUAAUCAUUGAAUAUGGAACUGUCAAGGAACUACAGAUAACAAAGUCUCUCUGUAAUCUCCAGAUUGCAAGGCAUAGCUGAAAAGUGCUCUGAAGGACAGGACAGACUGAAGCAAAGCUCCUGCUGCUGCACAGUGACUGUGGUGCUGUUGGAGUGCUGGACAGUGAGCAGAAGCCUGCAGGGAGCUGUGGAACUGAGGUGAGAGGACAAGAGCAGAUGAGAUCAGGCCAAGGGAUGGAGUGCAAUUAAGAGCUCUUUGUGCUGCUCUGCUGUGUUUACCCAGGGCCUCCUCCCAGCCCAGGUACCAGGAAGUGGCAGCUCCUUUCAUGUUCCAGCCUCCUUAAACUAGUCUAGAGACAGCUGACAAUUACAGUUGUUUUCAAGACAAAGUGGUGGAAGUGGCUGAUGGCCUUGGCCAAUGAAGGGUGGUGAAAAUCUUUGUGUUUGUCUCAUUAAUUUGAGAAGACAACCCUCUUGGAACAGAUAAAGAAUGAUUUCAAGACACACCAGCUCUCUGUGAUGCCCCGAGGGUUAAAAAUGAAUAUAUUUGCUCAGUGCAGGCCUCGUGCCCUGCACGGCUCCUCUCAGCCUCUGCUGCAGUCACAGUCAGAUGAACACUGCAGGUGGACUCCAGAGCAGAAAUGCUUCCAGACAGGAAGAUGUAUCCACUGCUGACCAGACCCUCACAUAGGAGUGGGCUCAAGCCACUGCCUGUUGUGAUCAUAGGGAAUGGACCUUCAGGAAUCUGCCUCUCAUAUUUGCUGUCAGGUUACACCCCCUACUUCAAAAGAGAAUCUCUUCAUCCUAAUCCUAUUCUUCAGAGGAAACUGGAAGAGGCACCAGAAGUCUCCAUUUUGGACCAGGACCUGGACUAUCUGUCUGAGGGCCUGCAGGGACGCUCUGACAGCCCCGUGGCUCUGCUCUUCGACGCUCUGCAGCGGCCGGACACGGACUGGGGGGGCACGGCAGAGUCUGUGCUCAGGUGGAGGCACGAGCCCAGCAGAGCCAUCCCCCACCUGGUGCUCGGCAGGAACGCUCCUGGAGGGGCCUGGCACUCUAUAGAGGGUUCUAUGGUUACCUUGAGCAGAGGGGAAUGGAUGGGACUCCCAGAUCUGCCUUUCAAAGAAUGGCUAAAGCAAAAGAGAAGAGGCCUCAGAAACAACAGAGCCACAGCAGAAGACAUUGCUCAGUAUUACCAACACUAUGUGGUGAAGAAAGGACUGCAGAAGAAUUUCAGAUGUGGCACUGUUGUGACCUCUGUGAGGAAAGUGAGUGCAGGGAGCAUCUCCAGCCACGCCCAGAGAGAUCUGCAGGAGAACAGAGGCUCACUCUGGAACUCCAGUGAACAGAGUACAGAGAUCUUUCAGGUGGAUGGAUUUUUCAAAACUGUGGAAGGUGACAAAGAGCCCUUCUCCAUCUAUGCAGAGAAUGUGGUCUUGGCCACAGGAACAUAUGACAGUCCCACCUGGCUCGGGGUCAAGGGGGAAAACCUUUCCUAUGUCCAUCACCAGCUGUCUGCCCUAGAAGAAGCAGUGAAGAACAACAGCAUUGGCAUCAUGUCAGACCCAGUCUUGGUUGUAGGUGCUGGUCUGACAGCUGCUGAUGCAAUUCUCUUUGCUCACCAUUGCAAUAUUCCAGUAAUACAUGUUUUUAGGAGGCGAGUCAGUGAUCCGGGUCUUAUCUUUAACCAGCUCCCCAAAAUGAUGUAUCCUGAAUACCACAAAGUCCAUCAGAUGAUGAAAGAACAGACAGCUGCUUGUGCUGGGCCUUAUGAAUGUUACAUUAGCCUUCCUGAGCAUCACGUGCUGUCCUUUGGCAAGGACAGGAAAUGUAUCAUUCAAGACAAGAAUGGCUGUCAGAAAGCUUAUAAAAUAUCCAUGGCUCUUGUUCUCACUGGCUCAAACCCCAACCUCUCCUUUCUGCCAAAUAAUGGCAUUGACUUGGCAAUGGCCAGUGACCAACCAGUCAAUGCCAAGAGGAAUCCCAUAGAUGUGGACCCAUUCAGCCACGAGUGCACUCAGGAGAAGGGGCUCUAUGCCCUGGGGCCCCUGGCAGGGGAUAACUUUGUUCGCUUUGUGCAGGGAGGGGCCCUGGCUGCUGCCAGCUCUCUGCUAAGGAAAGCAAACAAAAAUCCCCCCUAACAAACCCCCCAUCCCUGUGUCUGAAUGGGUCAGUGCUCUUGCCAUCGAGGAGCAGGUCAUCUGAUUUGUACAUCCCCAGAUCUAAAGCCCAUUCCUGGUAUUCUCCAAGGUUAUACAGAGAGUUUGGAAGUUCUUGCUGAGUUAUUUGAGAAGAUUAAGUCACCAAAUCCAGAGUGGGUUUCACACACAGCAGAAUCUUCAACUCCUGGGAUUUCAGCUCCUUUUCUGCAUAGCUGUGCGUGGUUACUGGGACUGAAUCUUGUGCCUGGAAAAGCAGGGGGCAAGACAGGGGUUGCCUUUCUAUCUAAAACCCUCCAGGUGACUGAAAAUUGAAUUGAUGAUCAAUCAAUGUUAAUUAUUUUCAGACAGCAGGUUCCCAACCCUGCAUCUGUUGGUGUCUUACAGAGUUUCUUCCAUGACACAAAGUAAGCUGACCUGGUUUUAUUUGCUCCUGUGGUUUGGCUGUAUGUUCUUAUUAGGCCAGAAAUCACUGACAGGGGCUGCAGGUACCUCUCUGGCACAUGAAGUGGUGCUCUGCAAAUAAAAACUGACAUACAAAUGUUUGAAGCUGUAUUGAACAUUUGAAGCUGUAUUGUCUUACUGACACCAACAAGUAAUAUGUAAUUUUUAUUUUUUUUUUUAAUCAAGAGAUCUCUGUGAUGGGUUUUUCUCCUUCCUGAGAAGGAAUGGUAAUGAUUUACUAACACUUGGUUUGCCAUCUUGCCGCUUUCUACUUUCUGAAUACUAAAAAUGCAACAGCCAAAUUCUUGGCAGCUGCUGUAGAGAUGAGCAGAACUGAAGGGGAGCUACUGGUCUGUCUUGUAACUGCCCAGGUACUGGAUGGGGCUUCUGCUGCACAGGGUAUUUUGGAAAGGUGCAAUAUGUUAUAUAUUGGGUGGAUUUCUAAUGUAUUACGAUUUUUUUAAAAACAAUAUUAUUUUUGUAAGGGGGGAAAUGGCACAGUCACUUUUUGAUAGCUUUAUGCUAUAUAUAUCUCUACUUUUUUAUACUGUUUUUCCAAAAGAUUUUUAUUGGCAGAAUAUUUGUUAGUCUUUCAGUCAAUGUUCUGAAUGAGCUGGGGUGGAUAGGGAUGAUGCCUUAUGUUGCAAACAGUUCUCAAAAGACCUAGAGGGCCUCUUAUACCUCUCACAGGAAAAAUUGCAGUCAUAGCUCAUCUUAUUUGAUAUAAAGACAGACUGUGCUCCCUGUGCUGCACUGAAACCCACUGAUGUGACCUGAUGGAGAACUGAGUGUGUGGAGACAGUGGCUGUUUGUAAAUGAAUUGGCCUCAAGCUGAGAUGUGAGAGGAGCUUGUCUGUGGUGUUGCUGUAUCACACUUGAAUAUGUUUUCCCAAUGACUAUUCUUGUAUGAAACUUCUCAAUAAAGUGAUUUCAGACUUA